GGUGGUGGUCGGUGGUGAGUGGUCAGUGGUGAUGAUGGUGGUCGACGGAUGUAUGAGGGAUAGAGUCUAGAGGGAGAGAAACUUCCCAGUCUCCGUGGAAUCUCUCGUGGACAUAUGUCCCAACAAACUCACCUCUGCAACAGGCUUUAGGAAACAAACUAAAGGGUCGUCGGUGUUAGUUCAGAGUUUCGACAAUCUGUUGGACUGAGCGUCUCAGCAGAGAAUCGAAAGCUCGGGAUCUCGAAACGGAUUGCGAACUCUUCCGGUUGAGUCCGUCGACCCUGCUAACGACAUGGAGGAAUACGAGCGGGAACGGAGAGCCAUUCAGAAGAAUCUCCUUGAAGCUCUGAAAGAGUGUCAGACCCGCUUCGGCUCCGGACAGGAGCUCGCCACGGAGCGCGACGCUCGAGUUGUGAUACUGUGCAGCUCCAUCGAGAGGGCUCUGGGUCACGGUCUGAGACCCCAUUCAGGAUCGAAGCAGUCAUCCCUGACGGACAUGGUGCGUGGCCUCUUGCAAACCGAUCCGCGCGGUUCGAGUGAGCUGUAUAGCUUCAUUGCGAGUUUUCUCACGAAGCAUGAGCUUGAAAGGUUCCAGAUGUUGAAAAAUGUUUCUACUGAGAUCGGCAAAGCUCGAGCCUGGAUUCGCUGCACUCUGAAUGAACACACAUUGGAGAAGUACUGCGGGAAGAUGUUUGCUGCGCAGGAGAAACCCAAGCUGGAGAAAUUCUACGAGCCGUGGGCUUUCAUGAGGGACGAAGAAUUGUGCGCCGUGCUUGAGACGAUCUCUCAAGGGAUGAAAAGCAUUCUCUUUGCGUUGAACGUCGACAGCAUGAAAUUGGAUCCAGAGGAACCCGUCGGUCCAGCUGUGGAAGCGAGCUAUAAAGAAGAUAUCUCGGCUCCGGCACCUGUGAUGGCCCCCGAUGCCCGAGAAUGCCAGAUCAGGAGGAAGAAGAAAAAACCCACGUCUCAAAUGGUAACUUUAGAUAGUGCACCUUCCUCGAUUGUUGCGAGUCCUGUCGAAGCUGGUGAAGACGCUUUCCUUCAGGCUUUCGGGAAAUCUCCAUCGAUGAAGGCCGGUCUGACGCCCAUCAGCGACUCGUUGGGACUCUCGUAUGGGGAUUUGAUCCCGGUGAAGUUCGAGGAACAGACCGAGGGCGAUGGUCAGAGUACCAUCAGUGGGCGUAGCGAGCGGACAGUCUCGGUCAAGAGUAAUGCUACGUCACUGUCAGAAGGUGAAUUACGGGAGGCGUUGGAAACAUUAGUCGAGCGACGGAAACAAUUGGAGUUGGAAAUCGAGAGGCUGAAAGCUCAGCUAUUGGAGGAGGGUGAGAAAGCCCGGCGAUCCGAAGAGAAAUUCCUUCGUGCCGAAAACAAGAAUACUCAUCUCAGCCGUGAAUUAGAACAAGUCAAGAAUCAACUGAAGAAAUACGUUCAUGCCGUCCAGAUGCUGAAGGAUGACGGGAUCAAAGAUAAUGAGCUUCGAUCAUUGGAAAUGUUACCGGAGAACUCUCUGGAGUCGAGCACUGCCUCCAACAACAGCAUGGGCUACGCCGUCGAAGAUCCCACAAACUACGAAGCCAAGCUUGUCCAGGUCGCUGAAAUGCAUGCUGAGCUCAUGGAAUUCAAUGAGCGACUCCAGAAACAGCUCGCCAUGAAAGAGUCCACGAUCAGACGGCUACGAGAAGAGCUCACAGACCUGAGAGGUCCAUUGGCUGAGGAAGACUCGUCCUCCGACACACAUUCCGUGACAUCUGAUUACGACACUGCCUCACAGUUCAGACCCACAAUCAAUAUAUGGAUUCCUUCAGCCUUCCUUGCUGGUCACGGCUCUGACGCCUUCCACGUAUAUCAGAUAUACAUCCGAAUCGGCGAGGAUGAAUGGAACGUUUACCGACGAUAUUCGCAAUUCUACUCUCUCCACAAAGCUUUAUCGAAAGGCCAGAGUGUGUUCAACUCAUUCGAUUUCCCUCCAAAGAAGAGCCUUGGCAACAAAGAUGCGAAGCUCGUCCAGGAGCGGAGGAAACGUCUGCAACGAUAUCUCCGAUGCGUGAUCAAUUGGUUACUUCAGGGGAAUUCCCGAUUAUCUCAGAAUUCUGAUAAGGCCACUCUGAUCGAAGUGAUGCCUUUCUUCGGUGAUCGAGACCAAGCCCACGUCCGCCGACGAAGAUCGCCAGUUCGACGCGCGCAGGAAGCCCAAUCGUAUUACAACGGACUCUAGUUCUAGCAAGAUGCAUUCAAGCCACACAUAUUCGAAGACUGAUAAAACCCUCCUGACAAGGGAGAUGUGCCGGAUGCUCUCGAGAUCCGCGCGGAGGAAUCGUACGGCACAAGUCUGUGUUGAUGCUUGUUGAUCCUGAAUGGUAGCGGUACCUUUCGUCAAGUCGUUGUACCCGAAUUCCAGUCGUUUCUGCUUGGCUGAAUCCAGGAGGCAUUCCGAGAUGGCAUCGGGACGGUCAGCUUGAACGAUAUUCGUGGAGCACCC